AUGGUCCGACGAAGCGCACGAGCAUCUGCGUCCGCUUCGAUCAACUAUGCCGAACCUGACGUCCACUCAGAUCCGCUCGCUGCCGCGGAGCUGGCACCACCGCCGAAGCGAGCGAGAAAGGCUGUCAAGGAACCACCUGCCAAAGUUAAACGAUCCGAUUCUGGCGACGCCACUCCGUCACGAGCGACAGCUCGAGAAGUCGCAGACACGAUCAUCAAAGAUGCUGCUUCACCUCCCCCCACCCCACCUCGAAGCGAGUUAGAGCUUUCAUCCGAAGCAGAAGAGAAGCCUGCAAAGAAGAAGCCAGCCAAAGCACCCAAGAAGGGGAAAGUGGAGACGCCAACACAUUUCGAGACGCGCAAUAAUGUUCAUGGCGAAGAGUAUCAGAUUGAGCUCGACGAGGAAGGUGAUCCAGUUCGUCGUGACAAGAACGGUCGUCGUCUAGCCAAGCGCAAGAAGAAGGAUAUCGUCUACGAGAUCCCUGAAGUACGCAAGCGCGACUUCCGACUCGAAGGUCCGCCUGGGGAACGUCAGGAGCGCGCCAAUGGCUUCUCCGGCGAGCUCGGCUAUGCCUGCCUCAACACUGUUCUUCGAUGGCAAGACCCACCUAUCUUCUCUAGUCGAACAGCUCGCAUCAAGACCAUGGAUGAGCAAGGACCAGAUUACAUCAAAGAGCUUGGUCGACUCAACGCUCGUGAUAUGAUCCCUAUGAUUCUGUGGAAUGAAGAGAACAAUAUCAAGUUCAUGCGUCUCUCGUCCGAAAUCUUUCCAUUUGCUUCGCAUGAAAAGUAUGGCUACUCGCUCAAGUACGCCGAGAAGGAGUUGCGAGUUGCAGGCGAUCUGGCAAAAAAGCUCGGCCAUCGUCUGACAAUGCACCCUGGCCAAUUCACACAGCUAGGAAGCCCGCGUACCGAAGUCAUCGAGAACAGCAUUCGUGAUCUCACAUCACACUGCGAGAUGCUCGACUUGAUGGGAAUGGGCAAGGAUAGUGUCAUGAUCAUCCACGGUGGAGGAACCUUCGGCGAUAGAGAGGCUACACUCAAUCGUAUGCGAGAGACAUACACCACUCGUCUGUCCCAGAACGUCAAAGACCGUCUUGUUCUCGAGAACGACGAGAUGGCAUGGAGCGCGGAAGAGCUCCUCCCGCUAUGCAAAGAGCUCGACAUCCCGUUGGUGUUUGAUUUCCAUCACGACUUGCUCCGCCCUUCGUCGCGACCGCCUUCAGAGUUGCUACCAGAGUUCCAAGCCAUCUGGCACAAAAAGGGCAUUCGACCCAAGUACCAUCUCUCCGAGCCAAGACCAGGUGCAUCUAAUCUACGAGAGCGACGUGCCCACUCCGAUCGAUGUGGAUUCCUCCCACCUGAUCUUCCAGCCGAUGCACACCUGAUGAUCGAGGCAAAAGACAAGGAGCAGGCAGUGCUCGAAUUGUAUCGCAUCUACAAUUUGCGUCCAGUGAAGCACGAAUCGUUGCGCCCACCUGCGAAAGAUAUCGGCGUCAAGACUUCCGGCCGAAAGAGUAAGCUCGGUGGCGAACGUCUACCUCGCAAGGGCAAAGCUAGGAAAGAUCCUGACGCCGCCGAAGAGGAGGCGAAUGUCGCGGCAGGCGAAGAGCCGAAAGUUGAGCUCAAUUCGAAGAGCCUAUCGAAAGUGGAACGUGCGAUUCUCAAGUCCAAGGAGGCCGCAAAGCGUUUGGGUAGGGUUUACACUGGUCCAGGGGCGGAUGUUGGCGAAGAUGAGGGAAUUGAGCUUGCCGAGCCUGGCCCAGGUGAGGAAGGGUAUGUCAAGACAAGUGAAGAGGUGUUGAGGGAUAUGUACAUGGAAGCUGAUUGGGUACGUGCCGAGUUGCAAGCUGGUAGAGAGCGAAGGCCGUUCGGUACAGAGCCGGGAGCUGCGGUGGAUGAGGAGGGUGAUGCCGAUGACAUCGAUGAAGACGGAAAUGGGGUGGAGAAGGAUGAGGAGGAUGUAAAGCCUAAGAAGGGUAGGAAGAAGGCGGCGACACCCAAGACGCCAGCACCAACAGAUGCGCCAGUGUUGAAUGCUCAGCAGAAGAAAAGAGCCAAGGCAGCGAUGGAAGAUGACGGACAAAGAGUAGUGCUGGCUCAAGGUGCUCCGCCGCAAGAGCUUGUUGCUGAUCACGAGACCAUUCCUGUUGAUGUCAAGCCCGUCCAGAAGCAGGUUGGCGGCAAGAGAGGGCGAAAGCAGGCUGCCGCCUGA